AUGGAUGUACUGGGUGAAAAUGAGGCCCUACAGCAGUUCUUUGAAGCUCAAGGAGCCAGUGGCACUCUGGAGAACCCAGCCCUGGACACAAGCCUUCUGGAGGAGUUCUUGGGCAAUGAUUUUGAUUUAGGAGCCUUGCAACGGCAGCUCCCAGACACCCCACCCUACUCUGCAUCAGACCCCCACUCUCCUCCACAGGUCAAAGGGGCAUGCUGCCGGAGCCCGAGGCCGACAGCAGAGAAAAUCCCAGCCACAUUUCUUCACUCCACGCCUGCACCUGCGCUGCUUCCUGCGCACCGGCCACAGAGCAUCUCUGCAAUGGACCAUUCCAGCCACAUCCACAGCAGUUUUCACAACGGCUAUCCAGACUCCAGUCAUCCCACCACCUCCCUGGACCAAACCCGGCCCUCCCAUCUGGGGAUAAGUUGUACUUACCCUCAGCAGCCUUUGUGCCACGCUCCUGGAACCUCCUUGCCUCCAACAAAGAAGAGGAAGUACGGAGAGACACUAGAGGACUCCGGGGACUGCUGUAUGUGGACCCACCACCACUCCAGACCAGUGACAAGUAGGAAUCACAGCAGUGAAGUACAGGACCACAACACUGAAGAACAUAAUGGGAUACCUGUGGACCAGUGCUCUCUUGCUCUGAAGUGGCAGCCGUACCGAAGUGUUCCUUGGCAUAGCUUAUUAAACAGUCAUUAUGAAAAACUACCUGAUGUGGGCUAUCAAGUUGUCACAGACAAAGGAUUUACUUUCUCACCAGUAGAUGAAGCUUUUGUUUGCCAAAAGAAGAACCAUUUUCAGAUAACCAUCCAUAUCCAAGUUUGGGGAAGUCCAAAGUUUGUUAAAACCCAAGUGGGCCUAAAGCCAAUAGAGAUGUUUUAUUUGAAAGCUUUUGGAAUUAAGGCAGAAGGCACCAAUCAGGUGAUUGCUAUCGAACAGUCACAAGCAGAUAGGAGCAAAAAGAUUUUUAAUCCUGUUAAAAUUGACUUGCUGACCGACCAGGUUACCAAAGUAACACUUGGACGACUACACUUCAGUGAAACCACAGCAAACAACAUGAGAAAAAAGGGGAAGCCAAACCCUGACCAGAGAUACUUCAUGUUGGUGGUUGGAUUGUAUGCUGCUAACCAAGACCAGUUCUACCCGUUGGCUGCCCACAUCUCUGAAAGGAUCAUUGUAAGGGCUUCCAACCCUGGGCAGUUUGAAAAUGACAGUGAUGUGUUAUGGCAGCGAGGACAAAUUCCAGAAUCCAUCAUCUGUCACAGUCGAGUGGGAAUAAACACAGAUGCACCUGAUGAAGCUCUAGUUGUUUGUGGCAACAUGAAAGUGAUGGGGACCAUCAUGCAUCCCUCUGACAGCCGGGUGAAGGAGAAUAUCCAGGAGGUUGACACAAAUGAACAGCUCAGAAGAAUAGCCCAAAUGAGGAUUGUUGAAUACGACUACAAACCUGAAUUUGCAUCAGCAAUGGGAAUAAACACUACUCAUCAAAUAGGGAUGAUUGCCCAAGAGGUGCAAGAGAUCCUGCCCAGAGCUGUAAGAGAAGUUGGGGAUGUCACCUGUGAAGAUGGGGAGAAGCUGGAGAACUUUCUCACGGUGGACAAGGACCAGAUCUUCAUGGAAAAUGUAGGGGCAGUGAAGCAGCUGUGCAAACUAACCAACAACCUUGAAGAAAGAAUAGAAGAGUUAGAAAUAUGGAACAAAAAAUUGUCCAGGCUAAAGCACCUCAGUAGUAGUUGGAAAUCCUCAGCCAGUGAAGCAAGUUCCAUCAGCAAAUUUAGCAGAGCUGUUAGUACAUCUUCUCCAAGAAGGGCCAUUUCAAAAAAACACAAGGUUUCUUUUUCAGGAAGAAAACAAUCUUGUCCCAACUGGGUUUUCCAGACACUGGUGAUAACUCUAAUUGCUGUGAUGGCAUUUUGUGCCUUUACAAUAGUUGCCCUUUACAUACUUAGCUUAAAGGAUCAAGACCAACAUGCCCCAAAUCUCCCUUUAAGCAAUAUCACAAGGUUUCCAGAGCCAGCUCUGCCGUCCACAGCCUCCCCCUCAGCACCUCAUACAACUGUGGCAACCACACAGACCUCCUUGCAAGUACCUGAAAUCACUUUCUGUGAGAUCCUGUCAUGUCAGGAAACUUAUUGCUGCCCCAUCUGGGAAACAAGAAGAUUCUUUUCAAGUCCUGUACGAAGACAACUGGCGACAGAGCAGGAAAUCCAACAGAGGCAAUGGGCAGAAGGCAAAAGUGAAUCAUUCCUGACAAAAGAUGUACUCAUCAGCUCUGACUGGGACAAUGACUGGAUUGAUACAACCAUCAGUUCUAUUCAGAUUAUGGAAAUCCAGCACAUAAUAGAUCGACGGUACUGCAGCAGAAUGCUCCGAUGCGGGCCUGGACAUUAUAAUUACAAUAUUCCUGUUAAUAAGAACACACCUACCAAUGUUAAAUUCUCUCUGGAAAUCAAUACAACAGAGCCAUUGAUAGUCUUCCAGUGCAAAUUCACCCUUGGAAACAUAUGUUUUCGCAGUAAAAGGGAAACUAAAGGGAUUCGAAGUCAUGAAGAAGACUCCCAGGAGAUGACACAGGGGUAUCAGCACAUUUGGAGCCUCCCUGUGGCCCCAUUCUCUGAUAGCGCGUACCAUUUCCGUGUGGCUGCACCAGAUUUAGCUGACUGUUCAACAGAUCCUUUUUUGGCUGGAAUAUUCUUCACAGAUUACUUCUUUUAUUUCUAUCGACGUUGUACCUAAUUUAUUCAAGUUUGGAGACUUUUACCAAAGAAAAAUACUCAGAAAUACAGUUAACAGAAGCUGGCAUUUCCUCUUGCAAUUUCUUUCACCUCUCUGUAAAGCA